AUGAUGUUGGCUCCUUCUGAUGCAGGUUAUAUAGAUCAGCUGAUCUCUACUGUUGGAGAUGCUUGCACCUUAGGUCGUGAGAGACAGCUUAUGGGGGAUCUGGCUCGAUUUUCGGAAAAGCAGGAGGCCGAGGUUGAACGACUAUGUAACAAUAAUUACCAGGACUUCGUUCAAUCAGUUAACCACCUUCUCAGUGUACGAAAAGGCACAGUUGACUUGGCUAAAGAAAUUAUUGAACUAAACGAAGCUAUCCAGAACUCUACCGAACGGCUAGUGGAAAAGAAAAAGGCUCUGGUCAACUCCCGAGAGGUCCGAGAGAACAUCGAUGAAGCAACAAAAGCUUUGAAGUCAUGUCUAGAGGUUUUAGGGCUGGCAAACCGAGUUGGAGACCUUUUGCGAGAGAAGAAACGAUAUGCAGCUUUAAGAGCCUUGGAGGAAUUGCAGAGUGUGCGCUUAAGAGAGGUUGCGCAAUUUGAGAUUGCUGAAAUAAUUCAGAAAUCGGUUCCAUCCAUAAAAAUGAUUGUCAAAGAGGCCGUUAUGACAGACUUAAAUACCUGGCUCUACAAGGUCCGAGAAAAUUCAAUGCUAUUAGGACAGGUAGCUUUCUAUCACACUGACCAACGCCGGCGUCGACAGAAGGAGAGGGUGCAGGGUAUCUCCAAUUUGCGAUCGCUCAAGAUUAACUCUGCGUUAGAACUUGUCCUAGAUGAGCGAGAAGAGUUUGAUGUUCUCGACAACGAAGACAUAGCUAUUGACUUCACACCCUUAUUUGAAUGCUUGCAUAUACAUGAAGCGAUGGGACAGAGGGAUGAGUUUAGGGUUACAUACGCAAAUGUUAGAAGACAACAGAAGGAUCUCCUGUUUUCGAACCCACUUACCCUUACAAGUGAGGGCGUAAGCUGUAUCAGUCGUCUGCUGGAAGAUGUGUGUGGUUUUGCAAUAAUUGAGAAAUCUACACUUAAGAAAACUUUGGGUUUUCGUUCUCCAGUUGAUGUUGAUUAUUUAUGGGACUCGAUGUGUAAGAAAGCGAUAGUCAUGAUAAAUCAAAAAGUGGAAAAUGUCACCAAGGCAGAGAUAUUAUUGAAAAUAAAAAAUGUAUCAGUCUUGUUCAUACAGACUAUGGAUACCUGGGAAUAUCCCGUCAAGCACUUUGACGAAUUCCUUCUCGGUCUUUUUGAUCAGUACUCAGAAUGCUUGAAGAGGGACUUCAUCAGCGAGUUCAAAAAGAUUGCAAUGAGCGACGACUACACACCUAUGGUGGUUGAGAAUCGGCCAAAGUAUGACAAUAUUGUGAAAUCGGUCUGGUACAAUCCAGACAAAGAUCCUGAAAUUAUACAAUUUCCAACAGCCAUGCCUUUUUCGCGGAUAUAUCCACUUUGCUGUCGCCAUAUCCGCGAUUUACUUGAGAAAUACUACUUUUACGCAGAUGAGUAUUUCCAAAACCAGGGCGCCAUUGAUCGGGAGCUACAGAAGUCCCUUGACGAACUGCUAUGCGAACACGUUUGUGGCACUUUGGUGGAGCACUUGAACUCACAGUAUCUUGGACAGAUCGUUCAAAUCCUCAUAAAUCUUGAGCAUUUCGAAUAUGCCUGUCAGGAGCUUGAAUAUCUCCUUGCAGAGGCUUGUUAUGCCAACGAGACAGGGGCCAUAGCUCUCAAAGCAACAGAGCGAUUCAAGUCCGAGAAGAAAACCGCAGAGAAGAGAAUAUUCGAGCUUGUGAACAGCAAGAUAGAUGAUCUCAUUGGGACUGCCGAAUACGAUUGGAUGGCCACCAAUGAACAGAGCCAGCCUAGUGAAUAUCUACAGCAAACCACACUUUUUUUGAGGAAUAACAUGAACUCCACGUUGUUGAAUUUGCCCAGAGAAAUCCAGGGGUUCAUUUACUUUGAUGCCUUGAACCAUAUCGCAACAUCUAUACUUGCCUUGCCCCUGAGCGAAGACGUAAAACGGAUUAACAAGAUUUUCGUUCACAACUUGGACAUGGAUGUCAAAUAUCUUCAAGGGUUUGUGGAUAGCCUCAAUGAUCCAAUGCUCCCUACAGUCUUCGAUGAGCUCAGGCAAACAAUCGACCUCCUGAAAUCCGACAACUCGGACGAAUUCUAUAACAUCAGCACCAAGAUGAAGAAAUACGCGAAUGUAGAUCCGAUCAAUGGGCCGGUAUUAUUGGAAAAAUUGCUCGCCGAAGAUGCAUCUGCCAAGAAAGGGCUCACUGGACGGUUUAGAUCGUGAGAAGGUUACAAUGGGGGCACGUUCGAGACUUCCUUAGACACAAACCUCCACUACUAUUAUACAAGUGGAUUUCUUACAUAACAAUUGCGGCCGGUUCCCCUGUUAAGGUGGAGUCGAAUGCCCCUCCUGUGAUGAUAGAUCUGGGGAAGAGGCGACCAGUAUAAAGAAAGAAAUUUCUGUCUUGUAAAUUGAGUAAGGUAAUAAAUAUGAUAAGAGAUGGUGGUACUACCAUAGCCUUAAAGAGAUUAAGAGCCAAUAGUCUAAUAAUCAA